GGGUCGACAGAGACACAGUGGCGUCAGGCAGAGCUCCCACAGCUCCAGGGCUGGGCAGAGAAGGGAUUGCUGACACAGCCAAAGAUGAUCAUCAGUAACAUGGAGGCUCCAGUGACAAAUGGCCCCAGCGGAGGAGGUACCACAUCCAACGGACCGACCAACAACAGCCGCGGCUGCCCCUCGCCCAUGCAGACUGGCCAAUCAAAUGACGACAGCAAGACCAACCUCAUUGUCAACUACCUGCCCCAGAACAUGACCCAAGAGGAGUUCCGCAGCCUGUUUGGUAGCAUUGGCGAGAUUGAGUCUUGCAAGCUGGUUCGCGACAAGAUCACAGGUACAGAAUGGAGAUGGUUGGCAUCUCCCACCCAUCCGCACAGCCGCAGAUUCCAAGCAGACAGUUGCCUGGAGGCCCUCAGCCUUGCCAAAGAUGGAGUGAAGAAGGAGUGGGGUCGUGCAGAUUUGCCA